CAUACCUCUUUGCAGAAACAUCGGUGCUCAUUUCACGCAUCACGAAUGUUCUUUAACGUUCACGCAGCACGAAUCACGAAUACAUUAAAAGGAAUGAUGCGACCCUUAACAUUGCAUUUCACGUUAAAGUAUCUGGAAGCCUGAAUUAUAGCGAUGCAGUGAUUACGAAAGGUGUUAGGAAGACCUUUCCUUGAUAAUUACAGAGCCAAUUAUAGGUAAGACUAAGUAACCAUGGGAUAUUUUCAACAUCUAACUUAGGCCGCGGUUUAAGAAAUCAUUCGGGACCUCCAAAGAUCUCUUCCUUAGUGGGUUAUUUUAAGGAGAUGAUGGCUUUCCUAGUCUACACUCGCAUACCCGCUAGCAGAGGCCUCUUUUCCUGCUUUUGUGAACUGAACUGUUCACCGCGAUAAACAAUGAUUAGAUAAUAGCGUUUGGCAGAAUGAAUAUAUGGCAUAAAACACGGUUUUGUUUAACAGUAGCUAAACUUGAUUGUUCCUCGUAGGAAUUGAACCGAAAUUUGUGAAUUAACGUACCGUAUACGUACGUUAUAUACCCGUACGUUAUACCGCUGACUCGAGUCAAAGUGUUUCCAUCCGAUAUCCAGAGACCGAAGCAGUUGGUUGCAAAACCCAUUUAUUUUUAAACUUCGGCUUUGAACUUUUUUGACAUCAAGCGUUUAUUUUCUAUAGCUUGGCAAAUGAACAAGAAUUCUUGAAAAUUCCUAGCUAAAGAUCGCAAACCUUUUAUGGUAAUUUGGCUAAUUAAUAUCCGAUUGCAAUCGAUCUUCAUUCGAUGAUGGCAGUCUGAUUCGAUGGUGAUAUCUUUGUUUUCUUCAACCCGAUUACGUAAAUCAGUGAGUUUGGAAAUUAUUUUUACGUUCACUUAAAAGGAGGAAUCGAACUGGCAAAAAAAAAAAGGGAGUGUUGCAAAUGGGACUGAUUAUUAUUAAAGUGUUUUGUGUGGGUUUCCUGUUUUUUUUUUUAUACUUGUAGAUAGCUCCUGCUUAAAGGUUUUCGAGGCAUUCGCCGGUUUUAAUCGGAAUAAUCUCGCAAAUGGUCCAAAGUUUUUCUAAACAUUUUUGUGACGCCUUUUCAGUAUUCUAAUCUGACCGAUUAUGGGAAACAACCAAUCAUAGAGCGCAUAUAUUCCAUGAGUACACUAUAUACACUGCAUAUGCAAGCGGCAACAUGGAAUCUAUUUGCAAAAUGGUUAGGAAAACUUGCUUGCAGUCCUGCCGAGGCCCAUCAAGCUGUAGGCUUCAUUAAACUUUGAUCUAAGACUCGGAGUACGUGUUACGAGGGUGUUUUUCAAGUGUGUUGUUUUUAGAAGGUGAAAGGAUAUUUCAUGAUCGAUGAGAGUCAGUUCAGUUGAAAAGCACUCUCCAAAUUGUGAAGGAUGCAGAUGCCAAGGGUUUUAUUUAUACUCUUUUAUUCCACUUUUAGAACUGAAAACGUUUUCAUGAAAACUUGUUAUCUAUUGCUUUGUUUUAAACCCUUAGAGGAAACGAAAAACAUGAAAAUGGACUGAUCCGGUUUCUGCGAUCUUUUAAGAUAAGGAACGUAAAACAUUUUUAUACAUACUAUAACUAAGUCACGCACAUGCAUGGUUUUCUCCGACAAAGAGUCUCCAAGGAGAAUAGAAGCAAUCUUGAAAGCAUCGAUUGCAUUGAGGCGUCGCGCCGACCAAUGUUUGUUUGCUUCCACACUCUUAGAUUGUUUCUUUCUAGUCACAAGAAUAAGAUAAGGGAAACAGAACUUGAAGAAAAGUUUACUGAUACAUUAAAUGUCAUCGAAGUGGUCAGUGUUGUUGAGACGUAUCAAAGUGACGAAAACAACUUAACGUAUAAACGUUAACUGUACUGGAACAAACUUCGCUUUGCAGUAGUGAUUACAGGUAACUCAAUACGGAUUACACUGUAAGAGACUAAUAUUCGGCACGGAAAACAGUUCAGUACCGUAUAUUGGUGUGUGGGAAGUUUCCAAUUUUUGAACCGGGUGGAAAAUCUGUCGGUCUGGACAAAAGACAAUGAACUAGACAAUAACGUUUUUUGAUUAAACUUUAGAGACGUUAUAAAAGGUCUCAAAAGAUACUGAACAAGGGUUUUGCUUCGAUAUAUCAGGACGACUCUGUUAAAAACUUAACCUUUUUUCCCUGUUUUUGAACAAAAGUGAUUACCGGUCAUUCGAUCCGGAUUAAAAGUCCAACAACGCACGGAAGCCGAAAGAGAAAGUAUAACCGUAAAAUUAUGUGGAAAGUUUUUUUUUUAUCAGGAGGGUUUGACUUUAUCAUGUCAAUUUUUUUUUUAGAAAAUAACCCAUAGUCGGUAAGUACUUUAACAUGCACUAACAGGCAUACGGAGAUGCACCACUAGGAAAAAAAAAAAGAAAAAAGCUGUUCUACUCGAGGUCAGAACAAAGGUUAAUGAACGUAAUAACUAUUUUCUCUAAACCAUCCCAGAUAAAAAAGCAAAAAUCGCUGCCAGAUUUCACAGUUUGUCAGCUUUUACUGCACUGCUCACGUUGUUAAAAAAAUAUGUUUAUUGCCGUGGACAAAGAGAAACGCUUUCCUUGUCUCCAGCUCGAAACAAGUGCACCGAUAAGGAGUACACAUGUACGCUUCAAGGAGUAAGUCUGGGACCAAACACAGAUUUUGCUGCGCCCGGGUUUAAUGCUCAAUUCUAGUCUUCUAAGAACAUGUCUGACGUAUACCGGGUCAACUACAUAGACAAGACAAGUAUAACUAGUUGUGAUGUUGUCUCGGCCGUUUUUUCUACCGGGGUCCUUUUUGUGGUCUUUUGCCUUGACACACAAGCCAAACCGGAAAUCAGACGGAACAAAAAUCAAAAGAAAACGGAGAAGAGGGGUUCACACGCGGUAUGAUAUCUUGCUCGACAUUUGUAAUAUUUUAAAACUGUCGGCGAACCGACCGCCCUGGAGAUAAAUAAAGAGUACAAAUUCGGUGGACAACUUUUUGUAUAACGGUGUUUCAUGACCAUGUCGUUGAAAAAUCAAAGACCCCGGCGGAACUAAUGGCCAUUAUCGAAAAAUUCAUGCCAGUUCAUAUAUUUUAAGAUCUAAUUUUAGUAUGGUAUCCAAGCCGUUUUGAUUUUGACAGAUAACACGUCCACAGCUUAACGCACUCUUAAUCUGUAGCUUAAAAUAAUAAACACGCAGAAGUCUCUGUCCUUCAGCAUAAAAUAUGGCCAUAUGUUUUGGCUUGACUGCUCCCAACUUAAUUUAUAAUCAGUGACGAGUCAGUAACAUCACAAGUGUUUUAUGUACGAAGUGAAAGAUGGGACAGCUAGGAAAAGUGAAGAAUAUAUACACAAAGCAAACUGUAAGUGAAAACAUUAAUUUGUGAUGAACGACUUAUUAAACGUCAUUAUGAAACUUAUUAUGUAAGAUACAAAGGCCACUGAUCGAUCUCUACUGAUGAUUUGAACCGAAAAAAAAAGAAAGAAAAAAAGCCUUCCACAUGACAUUCACCGUUUAUUCUUUUCAACACAUGAAAGCUGUUUCAUGGCGAAAAGCCUCCAUUCAAUUUUUCCAAAACUCCUAGGGCGUUCAGUUAAUCUCACCGCCCCUUUUAUGCCGGCCUCUUGAUUACACCCGCCGAAUGAAAGGAAGAUCUACAUGCUAUCAGUUUCAACUGGCUGCUUUGCAUAAGUGAUAACCAAGUCAGUAUUAUAUAUUUUCCGUGGAAUUCAGUGUAUUUUAACAAAGUCUGUUAGCAGUAUCCAGUCAGACCUGCUAAGGCUACAAGCCUCAAGUGUUAUUUUUACAAUUUUACUCUGGAUCAGCGUCAGUACUACGAGUAUACGUGUCAAAGGGGUGUGUUUGAAUUGUGAUGUUCAUUUGAUGUUGUUUUCGCAUGGUCAAAGUAACAUUUCACGACCUAACUUUCUUCAAAUGAAAUGUGUAAAGUGAAGCAUUUUAUUUCUGUUCACUCGUAAAAAGUCUGAGUUUUGAGGACUGGGCAACUUUCUUUCAAGGCAAACAAUUAAACAAACGUAAAUAAGAUGAAUGUUGCUGUAAUAUGAGGGUCAUUCCACGAGGUAAAUAACUCUUGUCUAUCUCUUGAGUCAAGGCAUACUUCUAUGACUAAUGACGCAGACAAAAAUGGCUAAUAAUUUAAUGCCAUUAUAAAGACAAAAUUCUACUGAUUCUUUCAACAUUGGUUUUUGUAUGAGCUCAUUAUUUAGUUAUUUUAUUCCUUACUUUUUACCUUACAUUCAAGCAUUCGCGCGCUUUUCAUAAUUCGUUAAAAGCUGCAGUCUAGUAUCCGCACGUUUAUCAAUUUUUUUAAAGAUGUUAUCUAUCUUGUAUCCGGGUUGUAUCCAAUCCAACAACAAAAAGAGGCUGAAGUGCUGAUUGUACAUUAAUGAACGGUCGAUCGAGUUCAAACCUUUGGGCCACGACUUCCUCUUUUGACUACUUGGCGUGCAAGAGUCCACGCCUAUUUCAUUUGAAAAGACUGAAUUUUGUUGUAGAUACUAUGCUUCAUUCGGACCUAUUCACAUCGUGUUUUCAUUUAAAAUGUGUAUCUACUUUUCGUGCCGAAACUGGUUCUGCCCGCUAGGCUUUGUCCUUUAACGGCUUCCUUGACAUCUCGGCGGAAACCCGCGCGCAGAAACGCACGUACUAAACAGUUACCUUUAGUUAUCUUUCCUUGCUUUCGUUUGAUUUCUCGAAUUGCUGAAUGUUCAACUGUUUUCCUUUUGAUUUUGCGCAAGCAGACGCUUCGGUUAUUACAUGUAGCACCUUGUUAGAUCAUUAUUUACUAAUAUCAAGAGUUAAUGGGUUUUGCCUUUCGCCGUGUGUGGUUUACUGUUUUCAAGGAUCUCUUAUCAUUCUCCAUGUUGCCGCGAUGUCUAGGAAAGCUGCACUGACCAUCAUCGGCAAAACAACAAGAAGAAUAACCACUGUAUUUUACCUCAGAGACCACAAAAAGUAGUCACAUUUUAAAAAGAUGAAUAACAUGGGUACUACAUAACCUUAUGGGGAAAGCAUUUGUCGGGCGACUGGUACGAAUGUCCUCACACAGUUGUUUGCCUCGUCUUAUCCCUCUUCUUAACUUGGGCUGACACGUACCCAUUCUUAGGAUUUUCGACGGUAGUCGCAGCCAGAGGAUCAUGGGAAAGCUUAAAAAACACAAGGGCACAAGGGAAGGCUCCUGUUUUUUGUCCUUCCCAUGACCCCUUGCUACCAGCGUUGUACCUUGCUCUUACACCAUUAUAAACGUCUGAACAACAUGAGAGGUACAGUGGAACCUCGAUUUACCGAACCUUUAUAUAACGAAGUCCACCGUAUAACGAACGAUUUUCUCUACCCCAGUAAUAGUAAAAUAUAUGAAAAAGGACCUCGAUAUAACGAAACCUUGUUAUAGCGAUCAUACUUUGCCAGUCCCUUGGCCCUUCGUUAUUUCGAGGUUCCACUGUAUAUUUUCGACCCGGCGCUUAUUCGGGGCCCUGGGUUUAAUCAAGAAAAUGCGGUACAGUAAAAACCCGCGAGUAAGAAACUGAAAAUUAAGAACCUGUUAGCCUAAAAUUUGCCAUUUAUACCCCCUAUAAACAAGAACCUCUUUAGCCUAGAACAUGAAAAACUGGUUCUUAUUUUUUAAAAUCAUAUUACUGAAAUGCAGCUGUAAAGCUGUGCAAGAAUCCUGUUUGGAGAAAUGGCAUUGCUGUGCAAAUAAGUGCGAAUUUAUUGAUGUAAUAAAAAAUAAAGUGCAAGAGGUUAAUAUUGUUGUAUUGUAGCAAUAAAUCAGGAUAUUAUGCAGUCUAUUUAAGAACCUAAAUAGCCUCAAAUUGUAAAUAUAUAAAACUGUUCUAGUGAGACCUUAAACUGCUGUUUAAAAAGUAAAAACUAAAAUCCAAGCUUUCGCCGAUCAACGGCUUCAUCGGCGUUGAUCGGCGAAAGCUUGGAUUUUAGUUUUUACCUUUAAACAGCAGUUUAAGGCCUCACUAGAACAGUUUUAUGUAUUUUUAAUUAUGCUGCUGAAGGACAACAUGAAUAGAUUAUAUUCCUAAAAUUGUGUUAAAUACCAUUUAAGUAAGAACCUGUUUAGGCUAGCUCCAGAAAUUGUAGGUUGUUACUCACGGGUUUUUACUGUAUGAUGAACUGGUAGGUAGGUAGGUAGGUAGAUUUUUUAUUUAAAACUCGGUAAAAUCUUCAGUAAUAAUAGAGUAAAAAUCUAAUCACAAUUAAUUAGACUAAAAACUAUCGACAUACUGUUUUACAAGACUGCCGAGUGAGAGUCCGACGACUCAAAUACAUGUUUGAUUUGCUCUUUAAAUUUCCUGACUGAUUUAGUUUCUCUCACAUUUUCGGGUAAAGAGUUCCACAACAAAGCACCGCUGUAACUGAAACUUCGUUUCAAGUAGUUAGUACGCGGCCUGGGCAACGUCAAUUUAUGAAAGGAAUUGCGCAAAUCAUAGUCUGUGCUUCGUUCGUGAAAUAGGUUCUGCAAGUACACUGGAGCUUGUUCAUUUAGAGAUUUAAACAUCAUUAUUGCUUUAUGCUUCUUUCUCCUUAUAACUAAUUUGUCCCAUUUGAGUAUAUCAAGAAGCAGGCUCGAGCUAGUCCCAUAGUUGGCCUUUAAAAUUACUCUAGCUGCACGGUUCUGUAACUUUUGUAAUUUGUCACUCAGUUGAUCACUUAAGCCAUCCCAAACAAGGCUACAGUAAUCAAAGUGAGGUUGAAUUAAGGAGUUAUAGACUAGUACCGCAGUAGAUUGGGAGAUAAGGGGCCUAAUACGUCUAAGGGCACCUAUAGCCGAAGUUACCUUCUUACACAAUUCGUUAACAUGAUUAGACCAGGAAAGCCGAUUGUCAAUAAUGAGACCUAAUGAUUUUGCGUGAUCAACAUUGCUGAUAACUUGGUCUUCUAGUUUGAUGUUUAUUUCGUUAUGGCUUUCCGCGAGAAGCUUCUGGCGAGAGCCAAUAACCAUAAACUCGGUUUUCGCAACAUUAAGACUAAGCUUAUUGGCUUUUAGCCAACAGUGAAGGUUCAGUAGUUCUAAGUUAGUCUCUUGUUCAAGGUCAGCUAGAGAGGAACCAGAAAUGGUAAUAGUUGUAUCAUCUGCGAACAUUUUAUUAUUUUUUUCAUUAUAAUGUUAAACGGCACAAGGUGCAUGUUAUGCAAUGGAUAAAUUCGGAGGAGAUGUUUGUAAAAUCUGUCGGAUAUUUUUAUUUUUCGUUUAACAUUAUAAUGAAAAAAAUAAUAAUUAAUAAUAAAAAAUAAAAAAUUUGAUUGAAAAACGCAAAUUGUAGGAGCAAAGGCAGAAAAUUCGAUCUCAAAGCUGCUUUAAACGGAAAACAUUUAAUAAAAGACUCAGUUUUAUAGACAAAUGGUCUCUAAGCAACACAAGAGAGAAUAAUAAAUAGAUAAAUAAAUUAUUCUCUCUUGGUAACAAAGGCAUUAAUUUUUCUCCUUCCUAUUGUUCAAACCAGGAUUAUCAAGGCAAAGAUCAACAAGCCCUUAAACAAAGAGAGAUUGAAAUGCUUGAAAUGCUUCGUAUUACAGCUAGCUACUGCUGACCUGAGUAAAAAUUUGAUCAGCAUAUAAAAUUCUAUUAUUUACUGAAAAUUGCUUCUACUCAGUUUAUUGACUAUACAGCUAGCUUCGAUACAAGUCUGUCUAUUAUCUUAUCAAUGCAUUAUGUACAGCCGGAUUAGAAGGUUCGUUAAUUGUUUUAUAAUGUAAGCCUUCGCUAAUUAACAAAAUCUUUUCAAGGAAGAUUAAGUGUGUGAACUGUUUUUUUUGUGACCAAUUCUCAAGAGUAUAAGAGAUCAGUAUCUCUGCAUUAGAUAUAAAUCAAUAUUUUCAUAAAUUAUACAUUGUCCUUGAUCCAACUGUAUUUUUUCUUGUAGGUGAAAACAAACAUUUCAUGGCUGGGAUUUGAGGUUUAAAGCAAGAUUUUACAAUUUUUAAAAGAAAUGAGCAAUAAUUCAACCUUGGUUUUGCCGCCUAGUACAUCUUCGUCAAGCGUUGCUUCGACUUUGCCGCACGACGGGAUAGAAAUAAUUGUUUCUACUGUGGUUUACGUACUGUUAGCGUUGCUAAUAAUUCUGGGCAACAUGCUCGUUAUCAUAGCCGUCAGCUCAUACCAAAGACUGAGAACUAUCAACAACACAUUCCUAGUUGGACUGGCCGUAUCUGACCUCUUAGUUGGCUUGAUGUCGAUCCCAUUAUGGAUUUAUUUCUCGUACUGCCAGCAGUAUCGAACCUGCGGAUAUAGCAUAGAGGUGCUGACGUUCUAUUCCACGGUAGACAUAUUCACAGGCUCUGCUUCGGUUUUGCAACUCACAGCUAUCAGCAUUGAACGCUAUUUGGCCAUUACUCGCCCUCUCAACCACCGCUCCUAUUCUAUGUGGAUCUAUUACGCCAUGAUAACAGCUGCGUGGGUCUUUGCAUUCAUUAUAGCUGGUCUGUAUCCCGUGCAGCAUAAAAAGUGGCAGAAACCCUACAGUGUAAUUCUUGUCACAACGUGCUUUGUCAUCCCCGCUUUGGUGAUACUGACCGUCUAUGCGAUCAUCUUCCAGACAGCGAGAGGAACUCAGCGGGCAAGGGUCCAUCCAGAAGAAGCAGCCAAUUGCAACAGACGUGCUCAAAAUGAGACAAAGAUAGCAACAACUAUUGCUGUCAUUACAGGAUUGUUCAUCAUUGCAUGGCUCCCUUUCUUCGUUGUCAAUUUAGUUGCGGAGUUUUGUCUACCCUGCUUGCCUCCUUACCCUGAUAUUCUAAGACUGAUUCGAUUUGUAAAGUGGAUGCACUAUUCAAACAGUAUGGUAAACCCGCUGGUUUACGCUUAUCGAAAUACAGAAAUGCGAAAGACCUUUAAAAAGAUUCUACUGUCUUGCUUUUGUUGUAAUCGAAGUGGCUAUAACAGUUUUGUUACGUCGGUGAGGAGGGGAAGACAAAGUCGACAUGUAAUAAAUCUCCCCAAACCUUCAAGGAACCGCCACAGACGAGUAAACAAUGAUAGUAUUAGGUCCCAAAAAAGUUCAUCUAAGUCGGAGAAAGGGUUGAAAUACAGCCACGAUUCUCUUCGAAACGGUCCUUUUUUGGUCACACCUCAGCCACGGGGACAUAUGUCACUUUAA